AUGGGGAGAGGGAGGGUGGAGCUGAAGAGGAUAGAGAACAAGAUAAACCGGCAAGUCACGUUUGCCAAGCGAAGGAAUGGGCUGCUGAAGAAAGCCUAUGAGCUCUCAGUUCUUUGCGACGCAGAGGUUGCCCUCAUCCUCUUCUCCAACCGCGGAAAGCUCUACGAGUUCUGCAGCUCCUCCAGUAUAAUCAAGACCAUAGAGAAGUACCAAAGGUACACCUAUGGGCAGCUAGAAUCAAGCCAUCCUUCCAGGGACAGUGAGGAUCACUACCGGGAAUACUUGCAGCUAAAAGCAACUGUGGAGUCUCUUCAACGCUCACAGAGGCAUAUUCUUGGAGAAGAGUUGGUUAGCUUGGGAACCAAAGAUCUGGAGCAAUUGGAGAAUCAACUUGAUGAAUCUCUCAAGCUCAUUAGACUGAAGAAGAAUCAAUCCAUUGCAGAUCAACUCUCGGAGCUUAAAAUGAAGGAAGAAAUGCUCGAGGAAACAAACAGGGCCUUGCGGAUUAAGUUGCAGGAGACAGAUGCUGUGCUACCAUCGUCAACAUGGGAAGCUGGGGAGCAGUCUGGUUUGCCGCCCCACCAACAGCAGGAAACGGCGGAGCCACAUUGCAGAAACAACCCUUUGCAGAUGAGCUGUGGUGGCGUGAUGGAGAUAGAUGACAGACCUUCAGCUGUGGCUUCCAGUUCAGGAAAUGUGAAUGGCCUCAUGAGUCGCCCAGGGUGGAUGAUUUAG